AGUUUCCCGCGUAAAGAGCCCACAUGCAAGCUCUGAGUGGCCCUUACCUAAUCCCCACGUUAGAAGUCCCUAUCUUAUGUAAAUUCCGGUGAUGUCCCUCAUGACGCAAUCCGCGCUCCCCGCACCCCAUAGGUACCUUAUGCUCUAGGGACUAUUAACUAUAUCUCCAUCUCAGACCCUCAGCUUCGAACAUUCUGGUACGAGACACAAAGCAUUCACACACUCUCACUCACAUUGCUCCACAUUGUGCGCCAUUUCGUCUCAACUAUACUUCAACACCUAGAAAAGAUGUCAGCUCUCAAUCUUCAGUCUAAAUUGACAAUCAACAAUGGCCUGGAGAUCCCCAUACUGGGGUUCGGCCUCUGGAAGACUCCUCCCGAGCAAGCAGAGGAAAUCUGCACAGAUGCUCUAAACGUCGGCUACCGUCAUCUCGACUCCGCCGCCGCCUACAAAAACGAAGCCGGCGCCGGCGCCGCCAUCCGCCACGCGUCCCCGGGAAUCCCCCGCUCGGAAAUCUACUUCACCUCCAAGGUCCGCUACAUCAACUAUGACGACGCCAAGGCCCAGGUGACGCGCACCCUCGAGGAGACGGGCCUGGACUACGUCGACCUGAUGCUCCUGCACUGCCCGUACGGGGGGUCCGCCAACCGCAAGGGCGCAUGGAAAGCCCUCGUCGAGGCGCAGGAGGCCGGGCUCGUGCGGUCCAUUGGCGUGAGCAACUACGGCGUGCACCAUCUUGACGAGCUUGAGACGCAUGUCCGCGAGCUGGAGGAAGAACGCGGCGGUGUCGGCCGCGGCGGGAAGAUCAACGUCGUGCAGUAUGAGAUCCAUCCCUGGUGCCCGCGCGACGACAUCGUCCAGUGGUGUCGGCAGAGGGACGUCGUCGUGGAGGCCUACAGCCCGCUCGUCCGCGGCGAGAGGUGGGGGCAGGAACCGCUCAAGGAGCUGGCGGAGAAGCAUGGCGUUACGGAGGCGCAGAUUCUACUUCGUUGGAGCUUGCAGAAGGGCUAUGUCCCGCUGCCGAAGAGUGUCCACCUGGAGCGAAUCCGGAAGAACAGUGAAGUGUACGGGUUUAAGCUGUCCGAGGAGGACAUGGAGUUGUUGAAGACGACGGAGUACAAGCCUGUUUGCUGGGAUCCGACUGUGAGUCCGUUGGACAACUAGACGGAAGUGAAAGACCGAAGAAAAGGGACUUUUAUUAGAAUUGGCCGUCGACGAUCGAAUAAGGGGGAGUAGUCAGGCAUGCAUCCAAAGAACCGGCGAUGAGAUUCUCCCGACUUGUCAUCGGUUCAAUCCGCCUGGUAGCCUUACCAGCUGCGUCCGACACGUCUUGCAUGAUGCCCUUCACGACCCCCCGAUACCGAUGCCGAAGAUCGUCUGGGUAGCCGGCAAGAUCCGGUAUAGUCCAUUGAUCGUAGCAAGCGCCAUGCGUCUUGGAAGGAAAGUAAGCUCCGUGACGGCGUAGGAACAGGUAGCAGAGAUAACAGAGGUAUUUGGACGCGCCGACACAACGAGGGGCGAGCCAAGCAGCAC